AUGGCACAGCUGGAGCUCUGGGCAGCAGCGGCGCUGAUGCUGCUGGGGGCGGCCGUCAGCCUCUGCAUCAGGUGCCAGCUCUCCCCAGCUACCAAACGGGAGACACAGCUGAACGAGCACGGGAACCAGCUCGAAGGGCAGCCGAGAUUUGAGGUGAUUCGAUCCCACACCAUUGCAACACGAAGGCCGGAAAGCGUUAAGGAAACUGAGGACUUACCAAUAGCAAGGAAAGCCACUGAAGAGCUCACUGCUUCCCAUCACCCUGGAUAUGGGAGCAGGGAUGAGUCCAGGUACCAGAAUUUCCUGACAGAGAGCUGCCUGCAAGAAGAGAAUCCCUAUGUGGAGCCCAUCUCUCUGGAUCACUACUCCAAUUGCCCCAGGCUCUUCCAUCCACCCCGUGUUAGCUCUCCACACAAGCAAGAGAAAGAUGAGGACUCCUAUUCCUAUGAGAAUGUCACCAUUGGAGCAUCUCAGGGCUCUGAUCCAGAUGACGCUGUAGACUACGAGAACAGCACGGCAAUACAAACAUGGAAACUCCAGCAAGGACAAGCCUCGCUGACAGAAAGCCUGGAUGAUGAGCCAGACUACAUCAACACAUGUCCUGGGUCCAGCCCUGCCCUGCUGUCAGAGCAAAGUAUUCUGCAUAAAGUCUGAAGAAAUCUUUUGCUGAGUGCACCCAACGAACAUGCACACAGGGAGAGGGAAGAUUCCCACCCCUCGGUGAAAUCUCUUCUCCAAACUGUGCCUGCAGCAACCUAGAAGGGGUUUUACUGAAAGGAAGAAAUGCACUGCUUGAAGCCCCACAGAAGUCCAACUGCAAACCAGCAACUGGAGAAAGCACUCUGCCCCAGUGACCAUGGGGCCACCCCAGUCUCAUUUCCCUGCAUGUCCACUCCAGGAUGGCCAGGCUGGGCAAUGUUUUCUCCUGACAGCCAUGAAAUGAAUCCUUAACUUGCUGAGCAGUAAUGCAGACAGCUAUUUAAUUUGUCAGGGUGACUCAUGCCUGAUGGUAUUAAGCCAUAGGGAUGACGUUUGGUUUGGUUCCUGUGCUCUCCUAUAGAAGCAGUUUCCUACAUGAGAGGAACUGGCAAGGCAGAGGUUGUGUUUAUAACAGCAGUGGUUGUCUGGAGCUGAAUGACAUUCCAACCUGCUCACAAAAGCUAAAGAGGAUUAAAUGCCUGCCUUAUCCAUGGCUUGUAAUUCACAGUGUUGGUCUCUGGCAGUUUUCCUCAUGUUUCAGGAUCUGUUUUAUAGUGAUACAAAGAACCAGCAGCAACUGUGAGAGUCAGAUCCACAGACACCAGCCUCAGAAACUGUACCAGUCCCUCAAUAUGGCUGUUGGAAACAUCAUCCCAGAAACAGAAUCCCUGUAUCCUGAGCCCUGAUGCACAGAUCUGGCACUUCUGGAACACUUAUUUAUUAAAACUGAAAAG